AUGCCGUUAUGUCUUACGUUCAUCGAUUUGAAGAAAGCCUUUGAUACCGUCGAGACAGAAGCGGUAAUUGAAGCCCUGGGCAACCAGGGUGUCCCUACNUCGAGAACGUCAUGCGUCAUAUGGAAUGGGAAAGCAUGGGAGUGA